UUUCAAAAUUGAUACUGUCACUCAUAAUGAAGACCAGAUAACCAUGUGUCCUUCACCACUGUGAGUAGCAUGUAUCUAAGUAGCUUUAGUUGUAGUUUAAAAAUUUGUUAUCUUAAAAAAAUAGCUAUGGUUUCUUUUCUUUCUUUCACAAGGAGUCUCUAGAAAUGUCCCUUUGCAGGAGCAUUCAAUUCAAUAAGUUACAUUUUGGCGCUCGAUUUUCUUUUCCUAAACAAGAAAUCAAAUUGAGGUAUAGCAGACGACAUUUGCAAAAUUGCUCUAGACUCAUUUUUAAGGAUUUUUUGAAGUCACACAAGAGCCCUUAGGAUCUUCAGAUACACAGUAUGAGGUGCAGCUCAUGCCAAAAUACAUUUCAUUUUCGGUUGAAGAAGAAUGAGUAACUUUCUAAGCCAGCUCGAGAUCAACCCACAGGUUGCUCAAAAUGAUGAUGAAGAGUUUCAGGAAGAAGAUAUUGAACGAGAAAAAGAGAUAAAAGAACUUCUUGAACAUGAGCUAAAUGAGGAUGAAUUCUUUGAAGACGACAGCUCUUUUGCCUCCCACCAAACUUCUAUCAAUAGUUUGAUUGACCCAUCAUUUGACUACAAUCAAUUGCCUUCCUUGCCCAAUGAAGGAAUAAGGAAAGAACUUCCAGCACCAUUGCUUACAUCCAGGGGAAGCGAAUUUAUCAGCAGAAUAAGCCCAAGAUAUGACAGUAAGAGAGAUGGAGAAAUGUCCAACAAGGCAACCCAUUUUAAUAGAGUUUUAGAUAAAAGCAACAAGGAUGUGAACCAAGGGGAGGAUGCUUUUGCAGUUCUUGGGUAUGAUGGGCAAGAUUUUUCAGGAAAAAUAGACUUUUCCAAUGACGCUAGUAAUCAUGAAAGAUCACCUUAUGUUGAUAGUUAUACUAAGUCAUUGGGGCAAAGGCAUUUUUUUGAAGGUCAUGAACAUUUUGAAACAAUUGAUAACAGAUCUGACGAAAGAGGCUCUUUUCAGCAAAAUCAGCAAUCUAGUUUCAUUAAGGAUUCAUUUAUGAGACAUUUUGAUGACAAUACAGAGAAUGAAGAUGUAAGAAUCCAUGACGUAGAGGGGCAUGUUGGCAGCCUGCCAGCAGAUUUUGAUUACCACAUGUAUUCAGAGAAUCAAAACCAACCACUCGAAGAAUGGCAAGAGACCCCAAAUGAACAAUACCAUGAGAACACUCCAGAUAAUGGCACACAGUCACAUGACCAAUCUCAGUUAAGAAUACUUUAUGAAGCAAGAGGGCGAAAAAUAGAGUCAUUGCAGAGAGAAUUAGAUGUGAAAACUGAAGAUCAGGCCAAAGAGAUAAGGAUAUUGCAACACAAGUUAAGCCUAGCCAAAGGAGAACGAGAUGGUAUGAGCAUGACACUGCAACAUUCUCAAGAUUCACUUCAAGAAAUGAAGCUCGAAAUUAAUGCCCUUCAGAGGCGAUUAUCAGAAGAAGCAGAGAAUACCAAGGAAGUUAGGGAUGAGCGCAAAGAGCUCCUUCAUAAACUUGAGAUUGCUGAAUCGGGGAUGGAAGCUUUAAACCAGCAAAUUGUAGCAAUGAAUCGGGCAGAUUCUUUGUCAAAGAUGAGGUCACAGCAUGAGACAAUAAUGGCAACCUUGAGACAAAAGCAUGAAGAAGAAAUACUGCUCUUGAAAGAGAAAUUAGAUGACACAAGGAAAGAGCUCAACUGGAAGACUGAAGAUGUAAACAGACUUCAAGACGAAAUGCAGUCAGCAAAAAAGUAUAUAACUCAGCUGAAGGUUGAAUCAGCUGAAACCGUUAAUAAAUUGACAGAAAGCCUUGAACAAAGUCAGCACCGUUUGCGAGGAAUGUUGGCAGAAGGGUCUGAUAAUAGUAAUACAGAUAACAAGGCUUGGCUUAUGCAAGCAAAGAAAGAGAAUACCAACCUGCUAGAAGACAACAAGGCGUUGAAGGAUGAGAUAAGAGACGUGAAAGAACAACUUAGGCUGUACGAGGUGGCCCUGAAUAGCACAAUCGAAGGACCUUCGUCAUCGACCCCUUAUAGCGCACACGAUGUUGCUCAGAAACUUCAUCAGCUCGACGCAUUCAAGACGCCCCUAUCUAGGUUUGCUAAAGACAAUCGGCUGAAUGAAACCAACACGAAUUCAAUAAGAGAAGAUCUGAUCAAGGCUUUGGCAAGCAACAAAACACGACGGGAAGAAUUGAACAAUGCCAAAAUGCAAAUCAACUCUUUGAAAGAGCAAUUAGAGGAAUUAUCAGCAGAUAAGAAUAGAAUACAGAUGAUGAAUGAAGCUUUGAAGGCAGAAAACGACGCCAUCUCAGUUGGGCUUAAAGAUACUAAACAUCAAAUUUCUGAGGAGAAACCUGAUACCAACGAAAAACUUUCUGCUCUCAAACAAAAGCUAGAGCUGUCUGAAGCCAAAGUUGAAAGCUUGGAGAAACAGCUUCAACAGGAGCAAAGCGAAAACACUGUGCUUAGAAGUGAAAUGUCAGAGAUGAUUCGACAGUUUGACAAAGACAAAAUUGAUGCUCUUAAAAGUUGCGAGAAAACUUACACAAAGUUCAAUGAAGAUUCCAAACAACAUCUCGAGGAAAGACUUAAUUUAUUGCAUGAACAAGAAGUGACAGAGUUAAAGGAUGAAAUCCAACGGCUUAAAAGGGAACUUCUGGAUGUAAAAGACUCAUAUGUUUCCCUUGCCAAUGAAAAUAGGGAAAUAUCUGAACAAGUCAGGGCUGAAUGUGAAACAGAGAAUGCACUGCAUCUAAAAGAGUUGACAGAAAAAUUAACAGAAGAACAUAAAGAAGAGGUUCAUAAACUAGAAGAAUGCAUGUUAGGAGAAAGCUACACCCAGGUGGAAGAACUGCGAAAGAAAUUGAAAGAUGACUUUGAAGAAGAGACAAAACACAGAAUCGAAACUGCAAUAGCUUUGGCUAAAGUGGAGUGGUUCGCUAGAUACGAAGAGGAGAGAUCGGACUCUAUUCAACGUACUGUUGAAGCAACCAAGAUGAAGUUCGAUCGUGAAAGGGAUUUAGAAGAAGAGAAAUGAUAGAAACGCUACGAUUUGAAUGGGAAAAAGAGAAACAGGAAGAAUAUGAAAAGCAUUUGAAUUCUGCUAUAAAGCGGGCAAGAGAAGAAUGGGAGGAAGCUACCCGUUUAGAGACAGAGAAGGCAAUCAAGGAGGCUUUAGAAAACUUCAAACAAGAGCAUCAAAUUCAAAGGCU